GAAAGCGAGAUGGUGUGAGAAAGAGAGAGAGAGAGAGAGACGGAGGAGUGGGAGAUUAUCAAAAUGGCCGCGCGCGCACCUACUCCACGUCCUCCUACUCCUCCGCACCUCCGACCACCUCCACCGCCUCUCUAUAUUCCUACGCCGCUAUUCCUCCACCUCGUUCGAGCCGCGCGGAAACCGCCAGGCGCAAUGCCGCCCGAUAUAAUGGUAGUGGACUACCGUGACAGUCUCGCCGAUCUCGGUGGUGAUGGUGUGGCUCGUGCGCUGGAGAUGCAGUGUAAUGUAUAUGAGCGUGGGAUGGAAGAGCUUUUCCAGCUUGAGAACCUGCCGGCGUUACCCACGAGGGGAAGGAUGCGCGCGCGCGCGUUUCGCCCGCAAAUGACUUCGAUUUAAAGUUGCCGGCGAUGUAGCAGCAGCCACCCCAACUUCCUUGCCGCCCCCCUCACCCCGGUUCCCCCCUCGGCUAGGAGUGCAUAAUAUCGCGUUAAACUCGCUUUGAAAUUCGAGGCGUACCCGCCGCCUCCACCUACGACUAAUUCCCGGACAAAGCGCUUUACACGAAAACAGAGCCGGUGCCGCCGCCGCGCGCACGGCGCUGCGUCUGUCGGUUUCG